CCCCCCCCUUUUUUUUUUAUCUAUGCCAUCUAUGUGAUAAAGUUACAUGUUAAAUUCAGCAGAAAAGCAACUUAUGUUGAAUGCAAUUCAAAAAUGGGAAGUACGUAUUUAUUAUGAGCGUAACAUAUAUUAGCUUUUAAUGUUUGAAAACUACACACGUUACAGUCUCUGGUUUAGAGGAGUUUAUCUCUAGAAGCAGCAUAAAACUUACAGAUUAGUUACCUUUUCUGACGAGCACUUUGUUUCCAUUUUUAUAUUUUAAAAAAUUUCUCGUGACUGUAGAAGGAUUUUUUUUUAUAGAAGGAUAGCUUGGUGCAUAUGCUUCUAAAGUACAGGCUUUUAUGCAUCUCCAGAUGAAUGAUACCAUCACCAGCCCAGAAGGGCAAACAGGAGCAAAUCCUACAGAAAAUACCUGCUUCAACCCCAGAAUUGUGCCCUCAGACCACACUGCCUGGUUUUCUGCCUCACAGUCUCAGGCUUCUCACAUCCCAGGUACACUCAUAGGAAAAAAGCCUUCACCAGUAGUUGGCUCCAACCCAGUUCAGCAGGUGCAUGAGGAGAGCAUCUUACAUGAUGUAACUAAUGCCACUCCGGGAAGUUAGCAGGAGAGAAUAAUCUGAAAGGAAGGGGGUAGGCAGAUGUACAGCACCGCAGAUGAGAAUUCCUAACAGGAAGAGGACCAACAGUCUUUUUCAAAUGCAAGUGUAGAAGGCUUGUUCGUUUCUUUAUUUUAAAUAUCUGUAUUUGGUGGUGUGUUUUUACUCAAAUAUGAUCAGGCUGAUUAUUUUAUAACUUGUUUUUUUCCCGCCUAAUACACCACAGUUAUAUUUUCUGCUAUAAACUUUUCCCAAACAAAACCUUACAUGCUCCAUAGUGUCCCAGUGUUUUUAUUUAAUUACUUCUCUGUUCUAGGGCAUGUACAUCAUUUCCUUUUCUUUCCUUUUUUAUGCUAAUGCUGUAAUGAAUGUCUCUGCAUAAAGACUGAGGUUUGUUUUGCUUUUUGUUUUACAGAUAGAUAGACAGACUGAUUGAUUGAUUGAACUAUUAGGCUAGAUUUCCAGGAGUAAAAUUACUGAGCCCAAGGGUCUGAGCAUUUUUUAGGUUGUUGAUACACAUUCUCAAGUUGUUUAUUCCCCUACUAUGGUUGCACUUGUUUCACUGCAGUUGUAUCAGAUUUUAAUUAUAUCAGUAUUUUUGCAUCUAUUUUGAUUCAACAGGUGGUAAUUGUGGUUUUCUUGAAUGCUGUCAAAGUUGUAGUGAUCCAUUUUUUACCAUAAUAAACACAUUAAGUUGAAAUAAUUUAUAAUCUCAAACCUAGAAUAAUCAAUUAUGUUUUUGCAGAACCACAGCAGGGUUAUUAGUGCAAUAAUUAAGAGGUAUUGAUAACAACUCAGUCUUUUCAGGAGAUCAUGUUAUAAAAAUCAUGGACUUUGGGGAUGAGAAUGCAGAGAGAAUUUUGCCUGGCUCUCUUGUGCACUUCUGGAUGGAAUCAUCGUUGGGAAUAAGGCAUUAUUUAAGUAAAACUGACCUGUGUGGUGGUAUGCUUCAAAUACUGUAAUAUUCAGAUAGGAAAUAAACCACUAUUACUUCUGUCGUAUAAAAAAGGUUUAGGUACAGUGUUGAGAUUUCAAGGAUCAUGAUGUAGAGUUCUUAACCCUGUCACAUUAAUAACUUGUCACUGAAAUGCAGAUGUGGAAGUGGAGCUGUGGAAGUAGGGGUGGGAGCACAUGUGAACAUGUGAGUUUAUUAGGGUUCGACCAGAGAAGUAAAACCACUAGAAGAUCAUGUGUGUGCGUGCGCACGUGUGUGUGUGUGUAUUUAUCAUGAGAAAUUGGCUUAUGUAAUUGUAGGGCUAGUUACACAAGCCCAAAGUCUGCAGGGGCAGGGAGUCAGAAAGUGAAGAUCACAAAUAGGCUGGAACCCCGAGGACACAGGCUGAAGUUUGUUGUCCACAAGCAGGCAUUCAGGAAAGAUUCAGGGAAAGGGAGAGCAAUUGUAGAUCCAGCUGCUGUCAGGAGGACUGCCAGCUGACUAAGAUGGGCCCACUUAGAAUACUCUCCCUUUUGAUUAAAGUCACCUGAUUCGGGGCUUUAAUUACACCUGCAGUAUCCCGUCCUGGCAACACCUAGAUUAGUGUUUGAUUGAAUAACCAGGAGAUGUGUAUUUGCUUCAAAGUUGCUGCUGCCUCCCUUCCAUCAUCAGACUUUCUCUCACAAGAGAGUAUCAUUUGUGGCCCACCCUAACCUGAAACGUACUAGAAAGAAUUCUGGGGACUUUAAGUUCAGCUUAUCCAAGUUGAUACAUCACCAAGCCGUCACAUGGAUGUAAACAAGAAAGGCUCUAAACAGAGGAGAUGUGGUUGAAAGAAUUAUCUUAGCAAUUUUAGAGUUAACUUUCUUUUCAUGAAACUUAAAAGUAAUUUUAGGACAAAGAAAGUGAAGUUGUACAUUUCCACUGCAGAGGGUACAUUGUAGUGGGUUCAGGAAGUAAUAGGUUGCUAAAGGAAAUAAGAAAUGUUUUACAUGUAUCUUCUUUUUUUCACUUUGAGAAACAAAACUUGUUAGUUGAUUGAAAUUGUGUCCUGCAUUGACUACUUUUCUGACUCCAAAAAUCCUUGCCCCUUUUAAAUGAUUGUAUUUAGUGAAAAAGGAGCCCUGGUGGCACAAUGGUUAAGCACUUGGCUGCUAACUGAAAGCUUGGCAGUUUGAACCCACCAGUCAUGCCAGGGGAGAAAGAUGUGGCAAUCUCCUUCGAUCAGAGUUCGCAGCUUAUUCUGUUCUGUCCUGUAGGGUCACUAUGAGUUGAAAUUGAGUCGACGGCAACAGAUUUGGUUUUUCAUUAACAGAAUGACCAUUCUUCAUACCUGUUAGUUACUUAUUCAAUAUCGUUACCACCACCUCCUUUUUUGUUACUACAACCUCUGGGUUUUUUUGUUUGGUUGGUUAUCUAGUCCUUAGGGAAGAUGACUCUGUUCCCAGCUCAGCAGUAAACCCUGAUUAAUCUGAAUCACGUGUGAUAAUCCCAUUCUUGUUUGUGAUCAGUGCAGGGUUAAGUGUGACCCAACUCUAGCCAGUAAUGUCAGGGCAGGUCUGCUGGGAAAUUUCUCGGAAAGGAUUUUUUUUUUUUUUUUUUCCACUCCAAAAAGAGACACAGGAAAAAAACAACCCCCUUCUAUCCUGGAUGUUGUCUGGUCUGCAUGUGGUGCAUUGGGUAACUAUGGCAACAAUCUUGAAAUCAAUGAGGGGUGCUAGCCUGAGGACAAAGCAAAAAAAAAAACCCAAACAUUGCAAAGAAUGGGAAUUCCAGAACACUUAAUUGUGCUCAUGAGGAACCUUUACAUAAAUCAAGAGGCAGUUGUUUAGACAGAACAAGGGGAUACUGAUUGGUUUAAAGUCAGGAAAGGUGUGUGUCAGCGUUGUAUUCUUUCACCAUACCUAUUCAAUCUGUGUGCUGAGCAAAUAAUCCGAGAAGCUGGACUAUAUGAAGAAAAACGGGGCAUUCAGGAUUGGAGGAAGACUCAUUAACAACCUGCCUUAUGCAGAUGACACAACCUUGCUUGCUGAAAGUGAAGAGGACUUGAAGCACUUACUAAUGAAGAUCAAAGACCACAGCCUUCAGAAUGGAUUACACCUCAACAUAAAGAAAACAAAAAUUCUCAAAGCUGCACCAAUAAGCAACAUCAUGAUAAACAGAGAAAAGAUUGAAGUUGUCAAGGAUUUCAUUUUACUUGGAUCCACAAUCCACAGCCAUGGCAGCAGCAGUCAAGAAAUCAAAAGACUCAUUGCAUUGGGUAAAUCUGCUGCAAAGGACCUCUUCAAAGUGUUGAAGAGCAAAGAUGUCACCUUGAAGACUAAGGUACGCCUGACCCAAGCCAUGGUAUUUUCAGUCGCAUCAUAUGCAUGCGAAAGCUGGACAAUUAAUAAGAGAGACUGAAGAAGAAUUGACACCUUCAAAUUGUGGUUUUGGCGAAAAAUAUUGAAGAUACUAUGGACUGCAAAAAGAGCGAACAGAUCUGUCUUGGAAGAAGUACAACCAGAAUGCUCCUUAGAAGCAAGGAUGGUGAGACUGCAUCUUACAUACUUUGGACAUGUUGUCAGGAGGGAUGAGUCUCUGGAGAAGGACAUCAUGCUUGGCAAAGUACAGGGUCAGUGGGAAAGAAGAAGACCCUCAACGCGGUGGAUUGACACAGUGGCUGCAACAAUGAGCUCAAGCAUAACAACGACUGUGAGGAUGGCUCAGGACCAGGCAGUGUUUAGCUCUGUUGUCCAUAGGGUUGCUAUGAGUCGGAACCGACUCGACGGCUCCUAACAACAACAACACAGAGUGCCUUUAAUCCUUUUGUUUUGGUAAGUAUUCUAGUUGUUUGGAGCCCUGGUGGCACAGUGGCUAAGAUCAUCGGCGGCUUAUCAAAAGGUCAGUAGUUCAAAUCCACCAGUUGCUCCUUGGAAACCCUAUGGAACAGUUCUAUUCUGUCCUAUAGGGUCGCUUUGAGUCGGAAUCAACUCAGUAGCAACAGGUUUGGUUUUAAGAAAAUAGAAAUGUAACUGAAACUAGUUCAGGCAAAAAUGAGGCUAUUUUGGAAGGAAUGCUGAGGACCGCAGCAUGUCUGCAGAAAGGCCAGAGGUGCAGCUGGGACCCAGGGACAACAGAACUCACGAUAUCAAACACCAGGACUCUUGUCUCUUAUCGCUGCUGCAUUCUGUAUUGAUGACUCCAUCCCAUCACCCAUGCCCUUUGCCUUCAUGGUAGGAACAAGUCCACUGACUGCCCUGCAGCAUUACAUCCGGUCACCUUGUGCUUUGGGUUUUCUGUCAUGUGACCCUCCUGGCCCUCAUUCGUAAUCCACCCAAAAUGAUUGUUCGGGCUGCAGUCUUGCAAGGGAUUGGUUGGCUUACUAUCCGUAUAAGGGGCUUGCACAUCCACCCAGUAGGAUUGGUUGGUUUACAGUCUGCCUAAGGGCUUGGUCGGUUUACAAGUGUUCCUGUAUAAGUGGCCAAUCUCACAGAGAUCUUGGGGGCCUCCUGAUUGAUGACAGCCUCGAGGGCAGUAUGUCCUUUGGACUGAGAGCUCUGUGCUGAGAAUCUCCUAGAAGAGCUAUAAUAAGGUCAGGGGCUGUAUCCCUGAGCUGAUAACACUACAGACCAGGAGAAAUUGCGGCAGCAGUGAGAACAGCGGGAACCACGAGACCAGCAGGUGGUUAUGGCGGGCAGGCAGCCCACGGAGCUGGGCACCUUAAGGUAGGAGGUUGCCAGCAGACCUGGGUGCCUCCGGCCUGGAGGUCACCAAUGGAGCAGAGCCUUAGGCAUACACUGUAUAGGGGUUGCCUGUACAAGCUUUGCCUAGAGAGCUGUCAUAAUGCCAGCCUGCCCUGGCACUGGCCCAGGGUUGUCCCAAAGCUGCUGGUUGAGAGCUAGGCCAGCAAGCACAGGGUCCAGACCAAACAAAGGAAAGCCACGGAGAGAGACAGAUUGAGAGAAUGGACACAGCCACACUACAUCCAACCUGAGCUGACAACACACCUGCUGAGAGAGAGACUAGACACCUGGUCCACUGUGUGCCCUCCUGGUGAUGUAGAAAUGGACAUGGGUAACUUGGGAAGGGUGAGCAGGUCCCCUUUUAGACGUAAGUGGAUUCCUUCCCUAUGACGCUAAGUGGGGUACUCGUAGGAGUGGAAGGGACCGGUUCACCUCGAAUCUGUUCCUGUUGUUUACUGUUUGCUUUCUAUCAGUCAUCUGUUCUUGUGUGCUGUUUACCUCCUAUAAAUAAUAAUAACAGCUUCCAGUUGCCAGUCUGUGUGUCUUGUAUGUGUGACCCAGUCGGAUCAAAUAGUAGAGUGUUCAUCCCAGCCAUCUUAUCACUGCUUGUAAUUUUGAGGCCACAGGUUAAGUCACCUUCCAUCAGGGAGGAACGGCCUUAGUUCCUCUAGUUUUAGUUUGAAAAAUAUUAGAGUAGAACAAAUGAUGAGCCUGGCCUUGGUCAGGUGUCUGGUCUACCUGUCAGACAAACAGGGGAUUUGGUAUUACAUGUGUCUUCCCACGGCCGUCCCUUUUUGAAUCAAGGUUGCACCCAGAGAAAGAGGAGCCAUGAGAUGGGAAGGUAUUCCAUCUGUGUCUGCUACAGCCUCCUUGACCUAUGGAACCUCGUUGCCUUCCAGUAGUUUAGACUUUAGCCCCCGCUGUAAAGCCAGCCUUCCCCACCAGCCCAGCAGAGGUAGAAACUGCCUUCUCUGUACGUACCCCAGCCACAGACGUGGUCCCCCACCCAAAAUUUAGUUCCACUGUUGAAACUAAUGACACCACGCAUGAAAAAAGAGGAUGUGAAAGUACUAUGACUCAUGAUGAGACUUUGCGGGGAUUGCAGGGCUGCUCCCACAAAGGUCCAAAAGCAGUUUGAGAAAUCGGAGAAAGGAGUUUGCUUUUAUUGUGGCUGGAGGGUGGGGCCAGGGUAGUUUGCAUGGUUUGGACUUCUCACUCAAGCUGGAAGAGAGACUGCAGCCUUUCUCAUUGGCUUGCCCAGAUGUGGGGCAUAAGGCAAAGGGGCAUUGUGAGGCCUGAAAUUCACCAGCUGUCAGACAUCAAAAAUGGAGUCACUGCUCUAACAGGGAUCAUAGUAGAGGGUCCCGGACAGAGCUGGAGGAAACUGUAGAAUAAAAUUCUAACUCAAAAAAAAGACCAGACUUAGUGGCCUGACAGAGACUGGAGAAACCCGGAGAGUAUGGCCCCCCAGACAUCCUUUUAGCUCAGUAAUAAAGUUACUCCUGAGGUUCAUCCUUCAGCCAAAGAUUAGACAGGCCCUGUCUUAGUCAUCUAGUGCUCCUGUAACAGAAAUACCACAAAUGGAUGGCUUUAACAAAGAGAAAUUUAUUUCCUCACAGUAGAGAAGGCUAAAAGUCCAGUUUCAGGGCGUCAGAUCCAGAAGAAGGCUUUUUCUCUUUGUCGGCUCUGGAAGAAUGUCCUUGUCUUCAACCUUCCCCUGGUCAAGGAGCUUCUCAGGCGCAGGGACCCUGGGUCCAAAGGGCGUGCUAUGCUCCUGGUGCUACUUUCUUGGUGGUACGAGGUCCCCAACUCUUUGCAAGCCACACCCCAGGGAAACCCCCUUUACCUUGGAUCAGGGAGGUGACCUGAGUAAGAGUGGUGUUACAAUCCCACCUUAAUCCUCUCAACAUAAAAUUACAAUCACAAAAUGGAGGACAACCACACGAUACUCAGAAUCAUGGCCUAACCAAGUUGAUACAUUUUUGGGGGGACAUAAUUCAAUCCAUGACAGGCCCAUAAAACAAAACGAGAUUAAAUGGGCACAAGGAUGAGAAGGCAAGAGAGGACAGGAAAGCUGGUAACGGGAAACCUAAGGUCAAGAAGUGGAGAGCGUUGACAUGUCCUGGGGUUGGCAGCCAAUGUCACAAGACAAUCUGUGUAUUGUUUAAUGAGAAGCCAGUUUGCUCUGUAAACCUUCAUCUAAAGUACAAUAAAAAAACAAAUGGAGUCAUGUUUUUUCUUACACAUGGCAUCCUCUACUCACUGCUGUCAGCGCACUUGUCAUUGGCCUGCCCACAAUUGUUUGUUUUGAUGUCUUACCUCCUGCAGUGGUUAAGAUUGUGUGUCACCUUGGCUGGGUCAUAAUUCUCAGUGCUUAUGUGUGAUCACUCCCAUGACUGAAUCUGCUGUGAGUAGCCAGUCAGUUGAAAGGGAUUUUCCUUGAGGGUGUGGCCUGCAUCCAAAUAUAAGCAGACGUUUUGGCUCUUUUGCUCAUUCUGGAUCCUGCGCCACCUCCUGUUCAUCUGACCUCCAGCCCCUGGGAGUUGAGCUGUCAGCUUAUCUGCAGAUUUUGGGAUUCGUUGAUCUUCACAGCCUGAGAGCAGCAGCCCCGCUCUCCGACCUGCCAAUCUUGGGCUUGCCAGCCCCUGCAGCUACAUGAAUUGAGAGAAGCCUCUAUCCUGAUACACAGACUUGGGACGUUUCAGCCUCUACAACCAUGCCAGUUGGAAUGCCAAAAAUGGAAAAAGUUUACUUACAUAACCCUAGCUCUGAAGAAACAAUUACCUUAGUAUCCAUAUCUGCUACCACAUCGCAUUUCCAUGCAUCAUUUUUUCAAAAUAGGAAAAUUCUUCCAGGAGGAAAUACAUCAUUUGAUGUCGUUUUUCUUGCGAGAGUAGUGGGGAAUGUAGAAAAUACUUUAUUUAUUAACACAUCUAAUCAUGGGGUAUUUACUUACCAGGUAUUUGGUGUUGGAGUUCCAAAUCCCUACCGACUGAGGCCGUUUCUUGGGGCCAGAGUUCCUGUGAACGGCAGCUUUUCACCCGUAAUAAACAUACACAAUCCUCACAGUGAGCCUUUGCAGGUUGUAGAAAUGUACUCUAGUGGAGGAGAUCUUCACCUAGAACUUCCCACAGGUCAGCAAGGAGGUACCAGAAAACUGUGGGAAAUACCACCUUAUGAAACCAAAGGAGUGAUGAGAGCCAGUUUUUCAUCUAGAGAAGCAGAUAAUCACACAGCCUUCAUACGAAUAAAGACCAACGCCUCAGACAGCACGGAGUUUAUCAUUCUCCCUGUGGAGGUUGAAGUUACCACAGCUCCUGGAAUUUAUUCUUCAACUGAAAUGUUAGAUUUUGGUACACUACGAACACAAGAUCUGCCAAAAGUUUUAAAUCUUCAUUUAUUAAAUUCAGGAACAAAAGAUGUCCCAAUAACAAGUGUUCGACCUACACCACAAAAUGACGCUGUGACGGUACACUUUAAACCAGUUACAUUAAAAGCUUCAGAAAGUAAAUACACUAAGGUAGCAAGUAUUAGUUUUGACGCGUCAAAGGCCAAAAAAGCGUCUCAGUGUUCUGGGAAAAUAACUGUUAAAGCAAAGGAAAAGAGUUACUCCAAACUGGAAAUACCCUAUCAGGCGGAAGUUCUGGAUGGUUAUUUGGGGUUUGAUCACACGGCAACGCUGUUCCACAUCGGAGACAGCCCUGCGGACCCCGUGGACAGGCCGGUGCAUCUGACCAACACUUUCAAUUUCGCGAUCCUCAUUCAUGAUGUUUUGCUCCCAGAAGAAGCCAAAACGAUGUUUAAAGUUCACAACUUCAGCAAACCAGUCUUAAUUCUUCCAAAUGAAUCAGGGUACAUUUUUACCCUGUUUUUUAUGCCGUCCACAUCAUCCGUGCACAUAGACAAUAAUAUUUUACUCAUUACCAAUGCAUCUAAAUUUCAUUUACCUGUGCGGGUGUACACAGGCUUUUUAGACUACUUUGUGUUGCCCCCCAAAGUAGAAGAACGCUUCAUAGAUUUUGGCAUACUGAGUGCUACAGAAGCAAGUAAUGUUCUAUUUGCAAUUAUAAACAGCAAUCCAAUUGAGUUGGCUGUAAAAAGUUGGCAUAUCAUAGGAGAAGGCUUAUCCAUAGAACUGGUAGCUACAGAAAGAGGCAACAGAACUACGAUUAUUUCAAGACUUCCAGAGUUAGAAAAAUCCUCUUUAUCAGACCAGUCAUCAGUAAUACUAGCUUCAGGCUAUUUUGCGGUGUUCAGAGUCAAACUUACUGCAAAGAAACUAGAAGGGAUUCAUGAUGGAGCCAUACAGAUCACAACAGAUUAUGAGAUCCUAACAAUUCCUGUGAAGGCUGUGAUCGCGGUGGGCUCACUUACCUGCCUCCCCAAGCACAUGGCUCUUCCACCUACCUUUCCAGGGAAAGUCGUUCAUCAGAGUUUAAAUAUUAUGAAUUCCUUCUCACAGAAGGUAAAGAUACAGCAGAUACGUUCUUUGUCAGAAGAUGUACGAUUUUACUACAAACGAUUACGGGGCAACAAGGAAGACUUGGAGCCAGGAAAAAAAUCAAAGAUUGCAAACGUUUAUUUCGAUCCUGGACUGCAGUGUGGGGACCACUGCUACGUCGGCUUGCCUUUUCUAUCCAAAUUGGAUCCCAAAGUGCAGCCUGGUGUAGCCAUGCAGGAGGACCUGUGGGAGGCCGACUGGGAUUUGCAUCAGAGCCUGUUCAGAGGGUGGACGCGGAUAAAGGAGAGUUCAGGGCAUAAAUUGAGCGCUAUAUUUGAAGUAAAUACAGACCUCCAAAAGAACAUAAUAUCAAAAAUCACUGCUGAGCUCACCUGGCCUUCCAUCCUUAGCUCACCCCGGCACUUGAAAUUUCCACUUACUAAUACAAACUGCUCUUCAGAAGAAGAGAUUACUGUGGAAAAUCCUGCAGACGUUCCUAUCUAUAUUCAGUUUAUCCCUCUGGCUUUAUAUUCCAGCCCUUCUGUCUUUGUAGAUAAGUUAAUAUCAAGGUUUAACUUGAGUAAGGUGGCAAAGAUAGAUUUCAGAACACUAGAAUUCCAAGUCUUCAGAAAUAGUGCCCUUCCACUGCAGAGUUCAACGGGAUUUACGGAAGGACUCUCUCGACAUUUCAUUUUAAACCUAAUUUUAAAACCUGGAGAAAAGAAAUCUGUCAAAGUAAAGUUUACUCCAGUUCACAACAGAACUGUGUCUUCGCUAAUCAUACUCAGAAACAACCUGACCGUGAUGGAUGCUGUGAUGGUCCAAGGCCACGGGACAACUGAGAACCUGAGGGUGGCGGGCAAGCUUCCGGGUCCCGGAGGCUCCUUACGCUUUAAAAUCACAGAAGCAUUGUUAAAAGAUUGUACAGAUACUUUGAAACUAAGAGAGCCAAAUUUCACGCUGAGAAGAACGUUUAAAGUAGAAAAUACGGGACCGCUGCAAAUUCACGUAGAGGCCAUUGAAAUCAGUGGGUACGCCUGCGAGGGGUAUGGCUUUAAAGUUGUCAAUUGUCAAGAGUUUGCACUAAGUGCCAACACUUCUAAAGACAUAAUCAUAUUGUUUACUCCUGAUUUCACAGCUUCUAGAGUUAUUCGCGAACUGAAGUUUAUAACGACGAGCGGCUCUGAAUUUGUGUUUAUAUUGAAUGCAUCUCUUCCUUACCAUAUGCUAGCAACCUGUGCAGAAGCCCUGCCCAGACCCAACUGGGAACUGGCUCUGUACAUCAUCAUCUCAGGAAUAAUGAGUGCCCUCUUUCUUCUGGUAAUUGGGACGGCCUAUUUGGAAGCUCAAGGAAUUUGGGAGCCAUUUCGGAGGCGACUGUCCUUUGAGGCCUCAAACCCGCCCUUUGAUGUGGGAAGGCCAUUUGAUCUCAGGAGAAUCGUUGGUAUUUCAUCUGAAGGAAACUUGAACACACUCGGCUGUGACCCUGGUCACAGCAGGGGUUUCUGUGGAGCCGGCGGCUCGUCGUCCAGACCCACAGGGAGUCAUAAGCAGUGUGGUACAUCAGUCCAUCCACACAACAGCCACAGCAGUAGAAACUCAGCUGAUGUGGAAAGCGUCAGACCCAAAAACAGUUCCAGUACCCCUAGCAGGACUUCUGCCCAAGCAGCUUCCUCGCAGUCUGCUGGCAAAACCAGCCCCCUUGUUCUAGAUUCACACGUCGUGCCCCAGAGCCACACGGCAGGCAGGAAGCCCAAAGGGGCCAGACAGAACCAGCAGAGCAGCCAGCACCAUGUCCACAGCACGCUGGAGCAGCACUCUUCGCCUCCACCAGCACCAACAGUGCCUCAGCACCAGGAGCCACAGCCUGAGAGGCUGUCUCCCGCCCCCUUCGCACACCCUCCCCACCCAGAACGUGCCAGCGGCACAAGGCACAGCUCAGAGGACUCAGACUUCACCAGUCUCAUAGAAGCCAUGGACAAAGACUUCGACCGCCAUGACUCCCCAGCCCUGGAAGUGUUUACAGAGCAGCCUCCAUCACCAUUGUCAAAAAACAAAGGGAAAGGAAAACCUCUUCAACGCAAGGUGAAAACACCUAAGAAGCAAGAAGAAAAGGAGAAGAAAGGAAAGGGAAAGCCACAGGAAGAUGAGCUGAAAGACUCCUUGGCUGAGGACGACAGCUCCUCCACCACCACAGAGACCUCCAACCCAGACACAGAGCCGCUUCUCAAAGAGGAUACAGAGAAGCAAAAGGGAAAACAAGCCAUGCCUGAAAAACAUGAAAACGAAAUGUCUCAAGUAAAGCAAAAAAGCAAAAAACUUUUAAACAUUAAGAAAGAAAUCCCAACAGAUGUGAAACCCAGUUCUUUAGAGCUGCCAUAUACACCCCCAUUGGAAGGUAAGCAACGCAGAAAUCUCCACACCAAGAUUCCUCUUCCAACCACACUGACAAGUGGAUCCAAAUCACGAAAUUCCCAGAAAACAAAAGGUACAAAUAAGUUACUGGAUAACAGGCCACCUGCCCUAGCCAAAUUCCUCCCGAGCAGUCAAGAACUAGGCAACACAAGCAGCUCAGAGGGCGAAAAGGACUCUCCUCCACCAGAGUGGGAUUGUGUGCCCGUUCACAAGCCUGGCAGCUCCGCCGAUAGUCUUUAUAAACUUUCUCUGCAAACCCUCAACGCAGACGUUUUCUUGAAACAACGCCAGACCUCACCAACACCCACGUCGCCCUCGCCCCCAACCGCGCCGUGCCCCUUCGUGUCCCGGGGCAGCUACAGCAGCAUCGUCAACAGCAGCUGCACCAGUGACCCCAAAACAAAGCAGCCAAGUGGAAGCAAACACAAACUGACGAAAGCAGCCUCGCUCCCUGGAAAGAACGGCAACCCCACUUUUGCUGCAGUCACGGCGGGUUACGACAAGAGCCCGGGUGGGAAUGGCUUUGCUAAAGUUUCUUCAAACAAAACAGAUUUUUCCAGCAGCCUGGGCAUUUCACACACUCCUGUUGACAGCGAUGGCUCAGACAGCUCAGGUUUGUGGAGUCCCACCAGCAACCCAAGCAGCCCUGACUUCACGCCCCUCAAUUCGUUCUCGGCCUUUGGAAAUUCCUUUAAUCUGACUGGUGAAGUUUUCAGCAAACUCGGGCUAUCUCGAUCGUGCAAUCCAGCUCCCCAGAGGAGCUGGAAUGAGUUCAGCAGUGGCCCUUCGUACCUUUGGGAGUCUCCAGCAAUGGAUCCCAGCCCUUCCUGGCCAGCCAGCUCAGGCUCCCCGACCACCACGGCUGCAUCAGUUCUCGGCAGCACCAGUGGCCUGUGGUCCACCACUCCGUUCAGCAGCUCCAUCUGGUCCAGCAACCUCAGCAGUGCUCUCCCCUUCACGACUCCAGCCAACACCCUGUCCAGUAUUGGCCUCAUGGGUACAGAAGCCUCCCCGGCUCCUCCUGUCCCUUCCACCUCCAGCCCAGCCGAUGACUUGGGACAGACCUACAACCCAUGGCGGAUAUGGAGCCCCACAAUUGGGAGAAGAAGCUCUGACCCUUGGUCUAAUUCGAACUUCCCUCAUGAGAAUUGAAAUUAGGCAAAAACAAUAAACUAAGAAGUCGGAGCCC